GUUCGCAAACCACGUGCGGCAUGCUUGCUCCUGCCUAGCGUACGGUGCGAGGGGCCGGGUUACGGCGUCGGAGGGCUGGCGAGUCGAAGAAGCCAAAGAAGAAAAUGGGUGAGCAAGAGCUGCCUCUCAUAAAAAACGCGAUGUCUCUGAAGGACCGCAAGUACACCAUCCGGGAGCUGAAGUACGAGGAGCUCCCGCAGCUGGUGAAACUGUGGAAGACCAUCGGCUUCAUGGUCAGCGCCGACCUCGUCGACUCCCUGUGGAAGUGCGACCGGGCUGGCAUCAUCGCAGCCGUCGCUGACGACGACGGCGAGGUGAUCGGCUCGUGCUGCGCCCCGUUCGUGGGCGAAGGCAUGGCCAAGCUGUGGCUGCACGGCCUGCUGCAGCAAUACCGCAACCAGGGCCUGGGCACCGAGCUGGCCGACCGAGCCAUGGAGCACAUCGGCGACGCGAACGCCUACACGCUGUGCAUCCCGGAGCACGAGCACAUCUACCUCAACAAGUACCAGUUCAACGUGAGCUCGCGCCUCUUCCAGAUACUGGGGCCCGCCGUGCCCCGCCUGACGGGCGUCAUCACGUCGCUGGCCGGGGUACGCGUCAUGGAGAGCGAGCGGGGGGUCCGGGAACUGCUGCUCGAGUACGACACCGACAUAGUCGGCUUCAACAGGACGGCGCUGCUGGACCGCAUGCUGAAGGAGAAGAACACGAUGCUGCGCAUCGCGCUUCGCGAUGACAACCAGAUCGGCGGCUACGGCUUCAUUAGCGAGGGCGUCCACGGGGCGGCCAUCGUGCGCCACCUGAGCGCCGACUCGAUCGACAUCGCGGAGCUGCUGCUGGGCCGGCUGUUCCGGGACUUUGCGGCGGUGGCCUCGCGCGGUGUCUGGGCCGUCGGCUGCAUCCAGAGCUACGAGUCGCACAGCUUCUUCAAGAAGUUCAACCUCAAGUCCAUCCACGAGAUGAAGCUGCUGCGCCGCCGAGGAGUCGACAACGACAUGUCGCGGGUUUACGUCUUCUACUGAUGUCGCCUCCUUCUUCCACUCCCGAGCUCGUACUGUAUAGCAUCGUCGGCAGCAGCCUUGGACAGCAUCAUGCCACCGCCGCCCAUUCCAGGCACCGCAAUUCGA